GUUUCAUUCUCUGAAUGUAAUGGUUGUUUGUGGGCCAUCCCUCCAGAUCCUGUCCCUGAAUGCUAAGUUCCCGGGGAACUCCCAUGAUGCCCAUGUCAUUAGACAAUCAGGGAUAUGGCACAGAUUAAGAUCGAUGGAAGGUGAAGACAUGUGGUUAUUGGAAGGCCGUGGAUAUCCUUGCACCCCCUGGCUCAUGACUCCUUACAGUAAGCCCAGGCCAGGACCACAGACGGCAUUUAACUCCGCGCUUACUGCCACUAGACAGCUGGUGGAGCGCACAAUUGGUGUUCUUAAAGGGCGCUUUAGUGUGCUCCACCGCACUGGUGGCGACAUCAUGUAUUCGCCGGAGAUGGACCACUACAACGGCAAGCUGCUGCAGGGAGGCCAGACCAGUCCCCUUCUCAGCACCCCUCCCCUUCACAGUCCCCCUCCUCUUCCCAGUCCCCCUCCCCUUCACAGUCCACCUCCUCUUCCCAGUCCCCCUCCCCUUCACAGUCCCCCUCCUCUUCCCAGUCCCCCUCCCCUUCACAGUCCCCUUCUCAGUCCACCUCCCCUUCUCCUCAGGCCCCCUCUCCUUCUCAGGCCCCCUCUCCUUCUCAGCCCCCUUCUCCAUCUCAGGCCCCCUCUCCUUCUUAGCCCCCUUCUCCUUCUCAGGCCCCCUCUCCUUCUCAGCCCCCUUCUCCUUCUCAGGCCCCUUCUCAGCCCCCCUCCCCUUCUGUCGCAAAAUCCCCUUCUCCUUCCCAGUCCCCCUCUCUGGCCCCCUCCCCCUCUGUUGCCCAAACACCCUCUCCGCCCCCCUCCCCCUCUCAAUCAGACCCACCCUCUGAAAGCAGGUCCCCAAUCCCUCCUCCUUCCCCAAUCCCUCCUCCUUCCCCAAUCCAGCCCCCUUCCUUCAUCCAGCUUCCUUCCCCCAUCCAGCCGCCUUCCCCCAUCCAGCCGCCUUCCCCACCCAGUGAAUGGGCCGAAGAAGCCCCUGCGGAUAUUCCAGGGAGUCCGCAUGUGGAAGAUGAGAAUGUUGCAGUAGGAGAUCCCACCACUUUUGCGGCCAUUCUGGCCGACAUGAGGAAAAAUCUAGAAGCCUUGCUGGCUAAUGUGGCCCAGUUGGAAAAAUUGUCAUAAUUUUUAUUUUCAAACAUUUUAUUUUUUCAGUU